AUGUCCUUCCUGGCAUCUGGCCGUGCCCGCCUCCUCCGGGGCAUCUCCAGUCACCGGCCACCACAGCAAGGACGCUACACCACAUGCUUCCGGCGUUACAAGGCGCAUUUCUUGCUUGACGGAAUCGAGGAUGCAGCGGAGAGCGCUGCCGGAUCGCAGGAACCACCGGUGGUGGCUAGUGCCGAUACGUUGGAGGAUGCUUACGACAUUGUCCGGCUGAAUUCUAAUGUCGAUCUGGCGUCUCCAAGGGACGAUGUUUGCUUCAUCGCAUUGGCUGAGCAGCUCAGAAGCGGAGAGUUUGAUAUCGCUGUGAAUUCUUUCUCAGUAGCUGCAAAGAGGCAAGGAGGAGAGCGCAUUGUUCUUCCACGGCUCAACUUGAAAGUUAUCCAGGAAGCAGUUAGGGUGGUGCUUGAGGUUGUUUACAGGCCUCAGUUCUCCAAGAUAUCACAUGGUUGUCGGAGUGGGCGAGGAUAUCACUCAGCUCUGAGGUUCAUAUCCACUGAAAUUGGGUUUCCAGAUUGGUGCUUUACUGUCCCUUUGUACAAGGAGGUGGAUAGUGAUGUGGUCUUGAAGCUUAUUUCACAAAUACAGGAAAAGAUCGUUGAUGACCAGUUAGUGGCAUUCAUGCAAGAUAUGUUUGAUGCCGAGGUGAUCAAUUUGGUAUUUGGAGGGUUUCCCAAGGGCCAUGGAGUUCCUCAAGAAGGAGUACUUGCACCAAUCCUGAUGAAUAUUUAUCUUGACAGUUUUGACCAUGAAGUAUUUAGGAUUUGCAUGAAACAUGAAGGCCUUUAUUCAGGGGCAAAAAAUGUUACAGACAACCAGGGCUCCAAGUUGCGUCACUGGUUUAGAAGUCAAAUGAAGGAUGGGGAUCUAAAUAAUGAAGAUCAAACAGAGGGCCAGCCAAACGUGAGAUUAUAUGCUUGCAGAUACAUGGAUGAGAUUUUUGUUGCAGUUGUGGGGUCCAGAGACAUAGCAGAAACUGUAAAGUCUGAAGUUGUUGAUUACUUAAGCAAAUCGCUUUACCUGAAAGUUGAUGAUGGAUUGUGUCUUGUGCCAGUAAAAAAGGACUCUUGGGGGUUGCAGUUUGCUGGCACCGUAGUUAAGGCCGCAACAAAAGAAAGUGCUGCGCUGAAAACUGUUCACAAGCUGAAGGAGAAGGUCCGUUUAUUUGCUUGUCAGAAGCAAGAGAUAUGGGAUGCUAUGAAUCUUAGGUUAGGAAAGAAGUGGUUGGCAUAUGGUUUGAGGAGGGUAAAGGAGUCUGAGAUCAAGUCACUUGGUCUCAGUACUCCGUUGCUGGAUCACAUUGCACAAUUUAGGAAAGAGGGCAUGAAGACAGAUCAUUGGUUCAAAACUUUACUCAAGGUAUGGAUGCAGGACAUCAAUGCCAAAAAUGAAGCUAAUGAGGAGGUGCUCCUGUCAAAAUACAUUGCUGAACCAGCACUUCCGCAGGAACUCAGAGAUGCUUUUAACAACUUUCAGAAGCAAGCUAAUGAUUAUAUCUCAUCAGAAACUGCUGCUACAGAAGCACUGUUGUCCAGCUUGAAGAAUAAGGAAUCAAUGUAUACCUGCCCUGAUGAUGCUGCCAUUAAGAUUUAUGCGCCUCUUAGUUAUAUCAAGAAGUGCCUCAAUCGCUAUGGUGUAACUAAUCUUGAAGGUUUCCCUAAACAUGUUUCAGCCCUUGUUUUGCAAGAUGAUGAGCUAAUCAUAAGUUGGUUUGCAGGAAUAAUUCAUCGUUGGGUAAGAUGGUUCUCUGAGGUUGACAAUUUUAAAGAGCUUCAACUUAUGUUAGUUGAAUGUGUCAGGAAAUCUUGCAUUCGGACACUAUCUGCAAAGUACCGAAUGUACGAAAAAUUGACAGAAAAGCGGUUUGAACUUGAUGAUUAUGGCAUUCCAAUGGUCGAGGACUUUGAGGCAAUGAUAGCACAGCUAGAACCUAGUUCUUCCUCAGUUUCCGCUGAUGAAGCUCUGACGUAUGGCAUUUCUAGUAGUGGCUUAUGUGUGCUCACCCUCUCAAGAGUUAGAGUCCCUGCUCGGAAAUUCAACUGCUUUGUCAUGGGCUGCCAAUCUUCAUCACCAAGUUUGUACAUUAUUCAUGUGAAGGAGAAACAGCGGUUUCCAGGAUGGAGGACAGGGUCAUGGUCACGGCACUCUGAUUCCAAGAGGCUGGACGUUUGCUGUUCCAAGGUCAUGAAUUACAUGACCAUCCAAGUUCAAUCAAUAACUAUGCUGCUGGCAAAGAAGGCAUCAAGGGUUCACCGCCAUGAGGGUCCGCCAAUUGUUUUAGUCGCUCUCAAGGAUUAUCAGGCAAAUACAGCUAACUGGAAAGAUGCUACCUACUGGAGGUCACUUCUAAUUUGGAGCGUUCUUAUCGCCAAUGGUUUCUUCCUCCUUCAUCAGGCCUAUGGAACUCUGAGCAACGCCGGCCUGAGCUGCCAUCAAAUUUGCAAGUUGGGCGACCUCCCGUUUGCCGGAGUGAUGGAUGCCGCGGUGCACGUCCUCGUGUUCCCCUGGCCAAGGCAGGGACACAUCAACCCCAUGCUCCAUUUCGCCACCGCCCUCGUCGAUGCCGGCCUCCAAGUCACCUUCCUCCACACCGAGCACAACCUCCGCCGUCUUCCCCAGGCGCCUCUGCCACCGCGCCUACGCUUGCUUUCCAUCCCUGACGGACUCCCCGACGACCACCCUCGCAGCUUCUUGGAGCUUCUGGAGUCCAUGCGGAAGACCAGCAGCGCCGCAUACCGUGCCCUGCUCUUGUCCGCCGACGCGCCGGUGACAUGCGUUGUUGCCGAUGGCACCAUGCCGUUCGCCAUCGAUGUCGCCGAGGAGCUUGGCAUCCCGGCGCUCGCCUUCGCCACGCACAGCGCCUGCAGCUACCUGGCGCUCCUGUCUAUGCCCAAGCUCGUUGAGCUCGGCGAGACCCCCUUCCCUGCGGAUGACCUGGUGUGCGGCGUUCCGGGGAUGGAGGGCUUCCUCCGGCGCCGAGAUCUUCCUCGUGGACUCUACUGCACUGAACAAGGCGAGGGAGACCCCUGGAUGCUCAAGCUUGCCGAGGUCACCGCUCGCUCCAGCAAGGCAUGUGCGCUCAUACUCAACACCACCACGUCCAUGGAGCAGCCAGCGCUCGCCCACAUUGCGUCGCGCACAACUACUGGAUAUGCCUUCCUCUGGGCGCUCCGGCCGGACAUGGUCCAGAUGACCAGCUCCACGCUCCUCCGAGAAGCCAUCGGGGCAGUGGAGGGCGGCAAGGCACACGUUGUCGAGUGGGCUCCUCAGCGGGACGUGCUGCGGCACCGGGCGGUGGGCUGCUUCCUGACACACGCCGGAUGGAACUCGACGCUGGAGUGCGCCAUGGAAGGCGUGCCGAUGGUGUGCUGGCCCUUCUUCUCCGACCAGCAGAUCAACAGCCGCUUCGUGGGCGCCGUGUGGAGGACGGGGCUGGACACGAAGGACGUCUGCGACAGAGGCGUCGUUGAGAGGACGGUGAGGGAGGCCAUGGUGUCCGACGAGAUCAGGGGGGUGGCCCAAGCUAUGGCGCAGCAGUUGAGGCUGGAUGUCGCGCAGGUGGGGUCGUCGUCGUCCGAGUUGGAGCGGCUCGUCCGCUUCAUCAGGGAGCUCAGCAUCAGGUCCUGUUGA